AAGAAAACACAAAUGGCAGUUUAUGUUCUUGAGCUGAAAAGGACAGGCGUGUGAGAACAAAGUAGGUCCACAUAUGGAUACACUUUCCCUUUGAUGGCGUCAUGUGAUCGUGAUUUAAGAUCAGACCAAUCUAUCUGUACGUGUCAUAGCUGCUGCAAAACUUCAAUCCCAUGUCUGAAAAAACUCCUUUUAUGACAACUAAACUGAAGAUCAAAUAAACCAAUUAUUUAUAGAAAUCGAUUCUUAUCCAGAAGUAGAAUACACAUGGAUGGAUGUAGAUCAUAUAACACAUAACAAUGGUGAGAAGUGUGAGGAAACUAAUGUAUGAUUCUCUACCAGCUAAUUAUUUGAUUCCAUAUAUAAGAGGAUAAGUUCGAAUGACACUUGUGAUCACUUCUACUUUCCAUUUUUUUUUAAAACUCAAACAUACCCUUAACUGAAAUAGUACCUAAUAUUAGCGUUUGUUUAUCCUGUUUACACAGAGCCGGCUGAGUUAGAAAGCGGUGUAUGGGAUUGUCAUAAGACAUAUGAUAUUAGAGAUCUAAUUUUUAAAUAAAAAAUAUUUUAAAUAUAUUAAAAGUGAAAUAUGUAUAUUUUAAUUAAGUCAAUUUUUCUGUAUAACGUAAAAAUAAUUUCGUUAUUUAAAAUAUCAUAUAUAAAAUAAUUUUAACCUACUAAUCUUAUUUUUAUUUUGAAAAUAUACUUUUGUUAUUAAAAACCUAAAAACAAAUUUGCCCAAAUGCCUCAAACAAAAUCUUUGAGCCGGGCCUGCCGGGAUUACUAUAAAUCCAAGAUGCUCUCUUGGAGAUAGCAAGCAUCAUGCAUGAAAUAUAAGAAAAGAAAUGGCUCUCUUCACAAUUACACCUGCACGUUGGUUAGCUUGUCUUUAUACUCUUAACUCGACAGGCAUAAAAGAUGCCCGAAACCAUGCACCGUCUUGCUAUUAUCUAACUGUUCAAAUCAACAUACACAUUCCAAAAACAAAAAAAUUAAUAAAAAAAUGUUUUAAAUUGUAACCAUUGGUCAGGUAUUCAGUUGAGCCAAACACGAAUGUAAUUAUUUUAUUUGAAGAAAAGCCAUUUUUCUUUCUGACCCCUCCAAAGUCCAAACGAUCUUACUGUUCUAGAGAAACCCUUGAGCCUAUCGAACCUUUUCACGCACAACCUACUUGUUCAAGUUUUAUAUUCAUCGUUAUUAUUUAUUAGUUAUUUGCUCAAUUUUUUUAAAAAAAUUGCACUUACGCUUAAACUCAUAAUUUUGGAAGCAAAAUUAGAUCAUUGUCAACUACAACAUGGUGGUGUAGUGGUAGGCGGCUCCAGGAUGCUAAGAGCAUGUUUAAUGGAGGAGGGUUUUUAGGGUGGAGUUCUUAGCGGAAUAUAUGAAUCCAUCUCUUAACUUUUAAUUAAAAAACUAAAAACCUGUUCUUAAAUUAAUAAUAACCCACCCAUUAAACAUGCUCUAAAUAAUCCCAAAGGCAUUCUACUGCAUGUUACAUUGUGGCCACACGGAUAUUAAACCGUGCUUUAGGAAUUAUUUGAAUACAUAUAAUGAGAAUCAAUCUGUGGGAUGCACCACCUUUAUGGGAAUUAAUUUGCACCUCUCUAUGGAUAUGAAGUAUGAAAUAUCCAAAAGUUUUUAAAAAGGAAAUAGGUCAUUGUCCAGGUGUAAAAUUCUAGAUCUCAUUCUUAAUUGCAUAUAAGAUCGAGCGAGAGACUACCACUUCUUUUACUCCCAUUGCAAAGUCAAAGCAUUAUUAGUUUAUUAGACGAAUUAUUAUUAGUAGCAACUUCCCUAUAUAUACAACAUAAAGCCAUAUGCUCCGACAUAUGUUAAUCUUUAUCGAAAUUAUCUUACAUUUAUUGUUAUCUAUAGAAGUUAUGAUGGGAGCAAUGUCUCAAUCGCUUUUCAAUCUCAAAAGUUUCUCUUGCUCUCUCAAUAACAUAAUUGUAAUGAGAGGAUACAUUUUGAUCAAAAAGGCUACUCAAAGGGCAUAUGCAAUAGGAAACAGCAGAGAAAAGCCAUCAUGGACAGCAGACUGUGAAACCGGAUACUACAGACCUGAAACCAUAACAAAACAGUUAGAUUCAUACGUUGUGACAACCUCUAAUGCUGAAGUUAAAAUGAGGAGAGGUGAAAAGUUAUGGUGGAUGCCUGAUCCACAAACCGGGUUCUAUCGCCCUGAUACUUUUGCGAGAGAGCUCGAUGCCGUUGAGCUACGGUCAAUGCAUUCCAACCACCGAGAGUAAAAAGAUCUUGUGAGCCAAAUGAUCUCUACAUGUGUGUUUUCUUUCUCAUUCUAGUUCAUCAAUUUGACGUGUGAACUAAUAAGUAUUGGCAAAUAAUAUUUGCCUCGCAUGCUUCUUUUCAUUGAUAUUGAUCAACCGUACUGACUUUAUCUAGCAAGUAGCAACAUGACAUGUCAAUAAGCAAGUUGGGUUUAUAUGUGGUGAAUCAUUCAAUAAACAAGUUGUCAUGUCUUAUAUAUAUAUACUUAUGAAAGAAAUAAGAUAUUUUGGUUUGGAAAAGUUCCAUAUUAUAAAGCUUAAUUCUCUUGAUCACAUACACUAUUUAUUUGUUAUAUCUAAAUACUACUAGUUCUUAUCAUGGCUGGCUAUAAAUGAUCAAAUGCUGGAAUUCUGAGCAAAAGGUUACCAAGAGGAUUUUAUGCCAUAGGCCAAAUGAAACAAUAUUUUAAUUUUCACUAAAUUGUUUUACAAUAAAACAAUUCAAAAAAUGUUUUUUUUAUGAAAUAAAUUAUGAUAGAAAAAUUUACUCAAAUAACUAUUUUUAUUUUUAGGUUUAAAAUGUAAUGUACCACACCAUUAAAAUAAAUACUAUUUACUAUUGAUUUCAAAUUACAAAGCUUAUGGAUAUUAAUAGUGGUCUAGAUUCAAGAAAAUAUACUUUAUUGCAACACUUUAUAAAGUAUAAACAAUAACAUAUUUCAAAAAAAAAGAAAUAAUAAAAUUCAAAGGUUUGAAUGUAUAUAGUUGUAAUUAACUAUUUUAAAAAAUUAAGUUGUGAUUGUACAUAAGGAAACUUAAAAUCUCUACUAAUAAAAGGGACCUUUUGAGGCUCCAUAGAGCGUCCACAUCAGC